ACACCAGCACAUAUUACAUUUGUGCAGUACCUCAAGCUCAUACAUCCCGUACUUUUGCCUCUUCAUGCAGACAUUUAUGUAUUCAAAAAGACGUGCAUGAUCAACAAUAAAACUGUUAUGUGUGGACAGUCGAUGGACCUGGAAAUCAGUGCACACAUUCACAACCACACUUUCUUAUUUCGACUCCUUCGGUACUAUUUCCAUUCCAAGACUAUGAGUCACGGCUUAACUUGCAACAAGGGCUCAUAUUUCACAGGCUCCAAGUCUGUAGUCUGCAAAUUGCAAAGUGUGUUUUACUCGUGCAUAUAGUUUAUUUUGCUCGCCAAAUAUUUAGUGAUCUGCAAGAAGCAGUUUUCUGCUACAUAGUUUUUUUUCUACUUGAAACCGGGUAGAAUUAUUGCCGAGAGGGUGCCGCUAAUAGUCAGCGAGUAACAAUGGGAUCAGAAAAGCUGCCGAUUCCAAAUGGGAGCAAUAUUAACUCGUCAACUCGACUCUCGGUUAUCAGCCGUAGUCCGUCGCCCAGCAGUUAUGGAUCCCUAAGUAUGGCGCAGCAGCAAGAGUACGAGAGGACGGUGACGAAGGACGGCGUCUGCAACUUCACCUACUCCCACGUGGCCAGGCAGCGGAGAAAAUUCUUCUCAGAUCUCUUCACAACAAUGCUGGAGACCAAGUGGCGGUGGACAAUGUCAGUCUUCGUGCUAGCUUACGUUGGUUCCUGGCUGCUGUUUGCCGUGGCGUGGUUUGCCAUCGUGUACCUGCACAACGACACCGUCAACGUGAACAAUCCGGACUGGAGGCCCUGCGUGUCUGGAAUUCAAAACUUUACGUCCGCUUUUCUCUUCAGCGUGGAGACGCAGCACACGACAGGCUAUGGGUUCUACCACCUGACCGAAGACUGUCCUCAGGCCGUCAUCCUCUUCUGCACGCAGUCCAUAUUUGGCGUUAUCAUCGAAGGGCUCCUCGUGGGACUCAUCUUCACCAAAAUGUCCCGAGCCAAGAAACGUUCCCAAACCUUAAUGUUCUCCACUCAAGCUGUUAUCUCUCCGCGGGAUGGCGUUCUCCAUUUCAUGUUCCGCAUUGCAGACAUGAGGACAAGCCAUUUGCUGGAGGCGCACGUUCGAGCGCAAAUGGUGCAGAAGCGGACGACCAAAGAGGGCGAAAUCAUCUCCUACCACCAGGAAGAACUUCGAGUCGGUGGUGACGGAGAGAUGGACGACAAAAUCCUGCUCUUUUGGCCAACAACGAUCGUCCACAGAAUUACGCCCGAGAGUCCGCUGUACAACUUGACCCCGGCGGAUCUCAACGAGUGCAACACCUCCUUUGAAAUUAUUGUCGUGCUGGAAGGAAUUGUGGAGUCGACUGGGCUGACGACGCAGGCUCGCUCGUCAUAUCUCCCCUCCGAGAUUUUGUGGGGCCAUCGCUUCGAGUGCGUGGCUUCGUCCAAGUCGUCCUCGGGGGAGCGGAUCAUUGACUAUUCUCUCUUCAACUCCACAGUCCCCUGCGACCCCAGCGAGUUCUCCAUCACCACUUAUUGACUCGUUAUUUGCAGUAUUGCGGUGACUGGUCUUUUUAAUCGCAACAAAACUCUUUUAUCUUUAUUCGUAGUUUUCGCUUUUGAUAUACAAAUUAUUUAGUUAAUUACGUAUUUUAUUUAUAUAUUUAGUACACAUAUAUUUUGUGUAUUUAAGAAGACAUGAUGACGCAAGAAGAAAUUAAACUCUUGUUAAUAAGUAUUUUUCAAAUGCCAGUUAAA